GAUACAUUCCCGAUAGAGAAAUCUGAUUCUAUUAUAAUUCACAAUCAUGCAAUCAUUACUGAUAAUACUUCAGUUCCAGAAGAACCAAAUGCACAAGACCUUAUACAAAGAAAGUCUUAUAUCAGACUGAUGUAUCCAAAAAUCAUAUUAAGUCAUAAAGAAAAUAAUGAAAUAUUGUACCUACCUAUACUGGGUAUAAAAGAAUCAUUCUUAAGCAAGAUUGCCAUGAAUAAUCUACCAGAAAGGCAUCUAAAAGUAAUAGACAGAUUAGUCAACAUUAGAAACCAGCCAAGUAUAGACACUAACAAAAGAAGAUACUUACCUAAACAAGAAGCAAAUAAAGAUUUUGACAAGGUUCUGAAACACUGA